CCGUCUUACUGUGUGCACAUGGGCUAAAGCCAGACACAGAGAGAAACAAGAAAGCUGAAAGCAGCCGGAAGAACAAGCAGAGACUGGUUCCGGAGGUCACAGGACUGCAUUCCACUUCCUCCUGCAGACACAUGAAGGCUCUCUGGUCCCUGGAGAAUGCACCAAGGAUGAGGACAGCGUAACCAUGGCGGGCAUCGAGUGGUUUUAUGCCAAGUCAAAGGUCCCGAUUUGUCUAGCAAUAACUGACAGCUGUCACUUUCUGAACAAACUGAAGGAUGGCGGCAUCCUGUCUGAAGAAGAGGCUUUGGAGUUGCAAGGAGACACUAGGAAAGACCAUCGCGUGGUGUACGAAUGUCUGUGCUGGAUAGAGGAGAAGGACAUCAGUGCACAACAUUUCCUCGAGUUCUUGUUCCAAAAAUCAUUCCUUAAAAAGUAUCCAGAUCUAAAGCCUGUUCAUGCAGAAUACAAAGCGGAAAGAUACCGCCAUGGCAUUCACAGUACGGGGGACGAGGACAAAGACCCGCUGAUAUUUGCUCAGGACAAAGUUCGGAUCUGUUUAACGAUUACAAAUCGUUUUCCGUUCCUGCAUGGAUUGCAAGAUCUAACAAUUCUCUCAGAAUCCGAGUCUCUAAAACUGCAGGCAGAUGAGAGGCCUGUCUCUCGUGUCAUAUAUGAAUCUUUGUCAUUAAUAGAGAAGAAGGACAUGAAAUUAAAUAUAGUGUUUGAAUACAUAUUCCAGCAGUGUUACCUGAAGCUGUAUCCUGGCCUACAGGACAUAUUACAAGACUACCAAGCCAGAGUCCGAGCAAUGUCUACACACUCCAUUCAGCAGCAAAACUGUAGUUACACCAGGAUCCAGUUUGGGGCCACAGCAUUCAGUAGUACCCUGGAUGAAAAUGGAGUGCUUGAAUCAAGCACGCUAUUCAAUGGAGGACUAUACCCAAUGUUCAGCAUUGCCACUGAUAUAGUUGAUGUUUUUGAUCACAAUAAAACCUAUAUAUGUGAAGCUGUAAAUGAGCGGUUUCCUUUUCUACAAGGAUUACAUGAUUUUAAACUUCUUUCUUACCUACAGCUGUUGAAGCUGCAAGCUGACAAGAGGUCCACCAUAGAGGUGCUAUAUGAAGCUCUGAGUCAAAUCCGGACAAUACAUGACCUUGAAAGCUUAUUUGCCUAUGUGUUUCAAGAAUUCUACCUCAAACGCUACCCUGGACUCCAUAUAAUCUUGAGAUGUAUAAAUGCAGCAUUGACACUAGACAUCUGUCCACCUUAUCCAGAGAAAAGCACUGAAAUACCCAAUUUAACUCUUGCAGAGAAAAGCCCUGAAAUCCCCAAUUUAACUCUUGCAGUGAUAGUAAAUGAUGAAAAUAUUAAAAUAUCUGAGGAGCCCUCCAUGAUGCUUUCAACAGUGUUGUAUGAAGAUGACACCAGAGACGUCCAGGAGAAGGAUUCCAGUGAAUCUGCAACAGUGGCCAUAAAGGAGAACUCCAGUGAACCUAUCCUAGUGGCCGUAAAAAAUGAAAUGACAGAACUACCUGAGCAGAACUCCAGUGAACCUUCCCCAGUAUUGUAUGAAGAUGAAACCAGAGAUGCCCAAGAGCAGGAUCUCAAUGAGUCAUAUAAAGAUGAAACCAGAGAAGUCCAGGAGCAGGAUUCGAGGGAAUCUUCAUCAGAUUCAGACCACACCUUGCCACCGUCUGUCAGAAAAUGCAGAAUGCAGCCUAUUAGUUAUUCUGAACCACCAGAUCUCGACUGGGAAGUUAUUAACAGAAUACAGAAGCACAAAGCUCCAGAAAACCCAAAAUGCCACAAGCACAGAAAAAGAAAAUUCCACAAAAUCAACAGCCAUUCUUUUAUAAAGAGCAGAUUGGAAGAGAGGCCUGAUCCAGCACAAGCUCCAGAAAACCCAAAAUGGCACAAGCAUAGAAAAAGAAAAUUCCACAAAACCAACAGCCAUGCCUUUAUAAAGAGCAGAUUGGAAGAGAGGCCCGAUCCAGCACAAGUGACAAGACCCGUGUCUGUAAUGCUGGAGUUCCCCAAGCAAGUUUUCAAUGACAAAUUUAAAGUGCGAUGUGGCACCAAGACUGGUAUAUUCAUGAAGUCACACUGGACUGGAGACUCGAGAAAUAGCCUGUGCAUUUGUUCUGAAGGCAAGAGAUUUUCUGUAAUAACCUUUGAGAAAUAUGGAGGAAAAGAAGCAAGCAAAAACUGGAAGAAAAGUAUUCAUUGUGAGAAGAUCAAAUUGGAUGAUUUAAUGGAGGCUGGAAUCCUGAAAACUGCCAAGUGGACCAGAGGACUCGGUGGCUCAUCGGAUUGGAUUGUCACCAUCUACAAUAAUAAAGGUUCCCUGGAGCUCUUCCAAGCACUUGUCUAAAGAUCUCCAAACAAGGAGCUGUAAAGCCUAUGGGACCACACAACUACCUUAUGUCACUGGAAGAUCUCUAGGGUCCAGGUGCGACUUCUACCUCUGCACUCACAAGAACUACACCCUUGGGCCCACACCAAAUAGAUCUUCUGAUAAGUGUUAUACGCCUGGAGGUACGCCAUAAAGCAUCAUUUAAUGCAGACGUAAUAUGCUGCUGCCACCUGCUGGUAACAAGGCUAAGCACACAUAGGACAUUUACCCUAUUUGCAGUACUGUAUAAUAUUGAUUGCAUAUAAUAGAAUUUGCUAUGAUCCAGAAUGCACAGUGAUAAGGUGGAAGUGACAAGACUUCUCAAAGGUCUUCAUGAUGGGUUCUCAGCAACCCCACAAUACAGAUGUUGCAGUAAAUUAUAUGAUUUGAUGUUAUAAACACCAUAGCCAGUGUUUAGUGACCUAAAGGCUUAACAUAAAUGGAGUGUUCCUUUAAAUAUAAUAUACUGCAGCAUUAAUCAUCUGGAAUAUUUCCAAGUAUACUUGAUAAAUCUUUAUAGCACUGUUUCUCCAGUGCAAAGCACUAGUUUGCUGUUCCCCACAAAAGUUUAAAAAAUGUCAGCUUCCUGUAACCAUUACUAGUGGGUGGUCUGUAUACAGCUUAUUUUCAUGCAUACAGAUUGCCCUCUAGCGGUAGCAAAAGGAAGAUUAGAUUUUUUAUAUAUAUUUUUUUCCAUUAUGUGUUGGAAUAAAGAA